AUGUCCAAUGCUCGCGCUAGGUCAGAGGCAGCCAUCCUGGGCAUAGACUGGGGCAGCACCGCCAUACGUGCAACCAUUUGCAUCCGCAAGACCAAGGAAUUGCACCCAAUUUGGAACCACGGCGCGGUUCCUGGACAUGACAUCCGCUAUCAGACCGGCGCUUUCAACUCAACUCUCUACGUCGACGAUCGAGGCGGCAUAGUGUACACGGGCGAGGUGUACAACCAGAGCUGCACGCCCAUUCCCUCAAAAUGGUUCCUGUGCGAAGACCGCGAGACCGGCAACCCACUGCUCGAUGGCCUCUUGGCAAAGUUCAGAGGCAUGGAGAAGCGGAUACGCAGGGCCCUUGAAGCCAUCGUGAGGACUGUAUUCCAGGAGGUGACAACUUUCUGCACCGAUCGCGCGCUUCAUAUUGACGAGAUUGGCCUGUCGCAUCCAGCGCACUGGACCGCCCAGGAGCUGUCCAACUACGAGAACCUGAUUGCCGCCGUCAUGAUGGAGUCUAAUACGUUUACAAAAGCACACGGUCGCAUCAAGCUUCAUGUGGAGAGUCUGGCGUCGGCUCACUUUCUCUUCUCGAGCCCGCGUCACAUGAAGCAGAUCCUCACUAAAGUGGACGAGCCUUGUCAUCUGGUGUUUCUUGAUUUUGGAGGUCACACGAUGAACGGCUGCAUAUUCAGCGCAGUACGACGAAGUGGCGAUGGGUUGAAUUAUUUUCAAGUUGGGGAACCCUUCACCGCUCAUGGCGGUACACAACUAUGGGAGAAAAGAGUUGAUGACUUUGCAACAAAUUACGCCGAAAAGUCACUCAAAUUGACUCUACUCCCAAGCCAACGAGCAGAUCUUUUGGAAAUGUUUCAUUUGAAGAUCAAGAGGCUCCAGACAGGCCUAUUCGCGAGCAUGGUCUUGCACGCAGAAGAUCCAGACAACCACGGUAGUAUAUCAGUACACUUACGCGCGACCGAUGCCAGGCAAUGCUUCCUCGACGGGCUAGAAACCCCUCUAAGACUCGCCAGGAAGAAGAUUGACGCUGCUGUCGCCUUGGGCUCGAACGUCAAGAUAGUUCUGUCUGGCGGCAGUGGCAAGAACGUUCUAGUGCAGGCGAAUCUUCAGCAAGUUUGUGCUCAACUCAAGAUUGACGAGCCGUUCCUCUUUUACGAGGCGGUGGGUGAGAAAGACUCUUUCAACAUCAGCAAAGGCGCUGCUCUUGCGGCGGUCGGUAGUAUUAUGGCGAAGGAAUUCAUUGACAGGGGCGCUGCUUUCGGUUUCCAAACAGGUCGCCCAUUGAAGGGCGCUAAUGGCAGCUUCAUAAGCUGGGAUAAUACAGCCUUUCUGGCUCUUGAUUCUGAUGGUCCCCAUUACUUUAGGAAGCGCUACAGCGGGACGACGAGGCUCAAGAUCGUCUGUGACCCUCAGCUUCAAGCCUCUGCCAAAUGGGACCACGUUCCAGCAACGUGUUGCUACGACAUUCUCGAAUUAGCGCCGCCUACCAAAGGCCACUGGGAAUUCUGCUUACAGCUACAUGACUUCGGUGACGGCAAGCUGGGGCUGACAAUUCGAAAGAACAAACUGUCGUGGAAGGGAAAAGCCGUAUUGAAUAAGACGACCUACGGCCCUUUCCCCCUCGAAUACGACACGUCUUCGAGGUGCUGUCUGAUCAACCUGGACCGGGUCAAGACCGAGAGUACCGACUUUGAGAAUGGCGUCUUCUUGACCGAGGACGGGAAGCUUGUGCCGUGCGACCCGGAGGCGGUGAACGAUCAAAUCCAGGAUCUGCAAAAGGAGAACAAUGAUCGACUUAAGGAGUCGGGCGGGAUCAAUACGUCCAUGCCGCAAAAGGUGAAGGGGCAGCAAGAGAAGCAGGGGCAGCAGCAAGAACAACAGGAAAGCAGAGCGGCAGGAAAGCGGCCCAGGUCCACGUCGGUUUCUCAGACAAGGGGCAGAGGGAAGCCGCAUAAGAAGUCCGGCCGUGAUGACGAUAGGGGACAGGAACCGGCCUACAAGAAACGACUCAUGAAGCGGUAG